AUGACUCAACUUAGGCCGCCAAUCCGCGUUGCCGUGACGCAGGCUGAACCCGUCUGGCUGGACCUUGAGGCAACUGUGGACAAGACCUGUGAGCUCAUCCGGGAGGCUGCGAGCAACAAUGCUCAGCUUAUUGCAUUUCCCGAGUGCUGGGUCCCGGGAUAUCCAGCAUGGAUCUGGACUCGCCCCGUUGAUACGGACAUGACGUGCGAAUACAUCCGCAAUUCGCUCAAGCUCGACUCGCCGCAAAUGUUGCGGAUCCAGCGCUGUGCGGCGGACCACAAAAUGGUGGUCGUUCUUGGUUUCUCCGAGAAUGUGCAUGACUCGCUGUACAUCUCACAAGUGACGAUUGAUGUCAGCGGCGACAUCGUUAUGGCCCGAUCCAAGAUCAAGGCCACGCACAUGGAGCGCACCGUGUUCGGCGACUCACCAGCCAGCUGCCUCAACAGUGUCGUACAGACCGACGUCGCCAGAGUCGGCGCUCUGUCGUGCUGGGAGCACAUCCAGCCUUUACUCAAGUAUCACACGUAUUCGGGCCGCGAGCAGAUCCACGUCGCGGCCUGGCCGCCGCUCUUUGAGCAUGGCGGAGCUGAAGAUGACAGCUUGUGGUCAAUGUCCUCUGCUGGCACGAGGGCCUUGGCGAGCACCUACGCCAUAGAGUCACAGUCAUUUGUGCUACACUGCACCGCCGUCCUGAGCCAGUCCGGCAUUGACAGGAUGAAGACACAGGGGGGAGCCAUGAUGGCGACGCCGGGUGGCGGCAGAUCUGCCAUCUUUGGUCCUGACGGGCGCAAGUUGUCCAUUGAUCUUCCAGAAACGCAAGAAGGGAUCAUCUAUGCGGACCUAGACCUGGAUCUGGUUCUCAAGGCAAAGUCUUUCGUGGACGUUUGUGGACAUUACAGCCGUCCCGAUCUCCUGUGGCUCAGUGUGGAUAGGGAGAUCAAGGAACAUCAUCGUCGAAUCUCAAGGCCUGAGAAGUUUGAGUUCAGUAUUUCUAUUAUGUAUACCGCAUCAUUUGCCUUCUUCGAGGCCCUGGUCGAGGCCGGAGUUAAGAACUGCUUCGUCAACUUGGGCUCCGACCAUCCCAGCAUCCUCGAGGCGAUGAUUAAGGGCUCGACAGAGAAGGCUGACUCGUUUCCCAACAUUUACACAUGCCCCAGCGAAAUGGUGGCCCUGUCCAUGGCAGACGGCUAUGCUCGCGCCACCAACGAGCCUCAGUGCGUUAUUGUUCACGUCGAUGUAGGUACAUCGGCCUUGGGCGUCGCCAUCCACAACGCCGCCAUAGGCCGCGCGCCGGUGCUCAUUUUUGCCGGCCUGUCACCUUUCACAAUCGAGGGCGAGAUGCGGGGUUCUCGGACAGAGUUCAUACACUGGCUACAAGAUGUGCCAGAUCAAAAGCAGAUCGUAGCGCAGUACUGCCGUUAUACAGGUGAAAUUAAGACAGGCAAGAAUAUCAAGCAGAUGGUGCACCGGGCGAUUCAGAUUGCGACGAGUGAACCGCAGGGCCCGGUGUACCUUAUGGGCGCCCGCGAGGUCAUGGAGGAGGAGAUCGAGCCCUACACCAUCAACCCUAAGUUGUGGCGACCUGUCGGCCCUUCUGCGCUGCCAGAGGGUGCUGUCGUCGAGAUCUCAGAGCUCCUGGCCGGCGCCGAGAAUCCCCUGGUUGUAUGUGGCUAUAGCGGCCGCAACCAUGCCGCCGUCAAGGCGCUCGUCUCCCUUGCGGAAGCCGUCCCAGGCCUGCGGGUGCUGGAUACGGGCGGCAGCGAUAUGUGCUUCCCUGCUGAUCAGCCGGGGUGGCUGAGCAUGCGAUACGGCGUCGACGAUAGCGUGCGUGAGGCCGACGUCAUUCUUGUCGUCAACUGCGACGUUCCCUGGGUUAACACGCUGUGCCGCCCCCGGUCUGACGCCCGCAUCGUUCACCUCGACGUGGACCCCCUCAAGCAGCUAAUGCCCGUCUUUUACAUCGACGCCGAGGCUCGCUACCGCGUCGACGCAUCCACCUCCCUCUCCCAGCUCGUCGCCCACCUCACCACCGACAGCACGCUUAGGGCCCAGCUGUCCAGCCCCAGCGCCCUACAGCGCCGUCAGAACCUGCAAAAGUCGCAUGCUGCCUUCCUCGAGUCUCUUGACGCCAAGGCCCUUGUCGGCAACGCGGAAGGGGGCCGUCCAAGUAGCGCCCUAGUCUGCGCGACACUGCGCAAGACACUGCCCCGUGAUACCAUCUACACGGUCGAGGCUGUCACCAACUUCCUCAUCUGCCACGAGCAGCUUCGCACAACACUUCCUGGCACGUUCAUCAACUGCGGUGGAGGCGGGCUCGGCUGGUCCGGCGGCGGCGCGCUGGGUGUCAAGCUGGCGACCGAUGCAGCGGAUAUCGCCAAAACCGGAAAGUCGAAUCAGAGAAUGGUCGUCCAGAUCGUCGGCGAUGGCAGUUACUUGUUUAGCUUCCCUUCAAGUGUAUAUUGGAUCUCACAGAGAUAUGGCAUUCCUGUGUUGACCAUUCUUAACAUCUCUUUCGAGCCCCCUCCCAACUACUCAGAGAUUGCGCGGGCCGCAAGCGAUGGGCAUAUCUUCGCCGCCAGGGUCGCUACCACAGCCGAGUUUAAUGCUGCGCUCGCCGAGGCUAUUAAGACGGUUCAGUCGGGUAUCUCUGCUGUUCUUGAUGUUGCCAUAUCAUAA